AUGCUCAACUACAUUAAAGACAUGUUUCGGGUGUACAGAGACAAGCCAAAGUUCAUGUUUGCAUUCCAAGGCGAAUUAUCCCAUGACUAUGCGAGCAAGGUAUCAGUCGCGGAAAACGACCUGGUUGAGUGGUUGGAAUGGUUUGAGAAGUCUGGUUACCUGAACAACACUAUGCUGGUGUUUAUGAGUGAUCAUGGUCAGAGGUUUGCUUCUGUGCGCGACACACAACAAGGCAAACUCGAAGAGCAGAUGCCAUUUUUCUCAUUCGUGCUACCUAAAUGGUUUGACCGGAAAUAUCCGACAAUGGCGUCCAACCUGAACAACAACACUAACCGUCUAACAACCCCGUUCGAUAUAUACUCAACACUGAUGAGUGUCCUGCAUCGAGAAGAGCCUAAAACCGACGACGUGAACAAGCGUUCAAUAUCGCUGUUCAACGAGAUACCGUUGGAGAGGACUUGCAGAGACGCAUAUAUCGAACCUCAUUGGUGCGCUUGUUUGAAGUGGCAGCCGAUAAGAGUGGAUAGUUCGUUGGCCGUCGACGCAGCCGCAAACUUUGCACAGUUUCUCAACAGGUUUAACGCUGAGUACAGUGACCUGUGUGCGCCGGUGGAGAUCGAUCGGAUCGAAUGGGCCAAUAAGAUGGCACCCAACGAAGGGCUGUUGAAAUUCCACCAGGCCGCCGACACGGAUGGAUUCGUACCCGACAUGUCGGCCAACACCAAAAUAACUGACAUCUAUCUGCAGAUAAAAGUGAUCUCACGAAAGCCUGCCUUCGCCGUGUUCGAAUUUUCGUGCCAGUACAACAGUAACACCAGGCGGUACACGGUUUACGAAAAACAUAUCAGCAGAAUUAAUCAGUACGGAAACCAAAGUUGGUGCGUCGCGAAAACCCAACCGCAACUUAACAAGUACUGUUACUGCAAACUACAAAACUGA